GUUGUGAUCAUCUGCGCAAUUUAUUUAUAUUCAGUGCGGAGUCUACCGAGUUGGAAGAUAAGAACUGCGCUCUCCGUGCAUCUUUCACAUCUUAUUAAAUCAGUAUCACUAUUGCACCACGGACAGACAUCGCAUCUUUCAUUAUGUCGGAGGACAAUCCCACCCCUGCUCCUCAUGCAUAUACAUUGGAUAUGUUCCUCUGCAGCGAUGAGGAGAGAGCUGUCAGGUGGCGCACGUAUCAAGGGGCUGGUCGUGCCGCCGGCUUUACAGAUGACCACGGUCUCAAGCGUUUCUUCCAUUUCAAUCCGUCAACGGAAGACCGUGGAAUCUUCUAUUUUCUUACUGGACAGGACGAUGAGCUUCGAAAACUACCGCCAUUUAUGGAAGUAAAAAGUCACAAUCUCAGGGAACUAGGUGUCACAGCAGGCGUCAUGGGUCACAUACGCUAUCCAGGUCGUAUUUGCUUCGUCUAUUUGGAUGAAUCGGGUGACACUCGGUUCAUCUUAGUCCCCUACGAGGAGGAGUUGGCUGUCUGGAAACAUCUCGUGGAUCGGGAGUUGUCUGCACUCGAAGGAUACGAGAUGCUUGAUGUGGAUCCUAUUGUGUCACAGUGGGCCGCUAGAGGGAGAGACUAAAUCUCGUGGGACUGACCAUUGUAUGCA